AUGAAACACUCCUACUCCUCACAGUGGUUGCGCGUCGCAGCGCUGCUUGCUGUGACGGCUAAUGCUCAAACAACCACCCAGGUCAAUGAUCCUCUUGAUACGGGCGUCCUCACCGUCACCUAUUCGGUCUGCCCAACUGUAUUGACGACCACCACCACCUUGUCGAGCACUCUAACCUACUGCGGAUCAACCCUUUGCGAUGGGGGAUCACCAACCAUCACAGCACCACCCAUGACUACCACUGCACCCAAUGGCAACGUGGGUCCUGUUCUCGACUUCACCAGGGUUGGUCCUGAUGGAAAGACCACUAUCCUUCGACAGCAAACCUGGGUCUACGACCAACUCUGCUCGGAUGGAAGCAGCCUUGAACCGGCUACUUACAUCAUCACUGAGACUUGUGGGUGCGGCACUCAUCCUACUAAAACUGCCGUCCCGGAUGGUUUCACUACCACAGUUGUUCAGUGCAAUUGCGGAGUCAAUGGUGGUACAAGUUCUGUUACUCUCACUACACCUUGCUCUACUGGGCCUUAUGCCACUGUCACGCCCAUUACCGGUGGUUCUAGUUCCGGUAGUGAUUCAGGUUCAAGUUUUGGUUCUGGCUCAGGAUCUGGAAGCGGAUCUGGCUCGGGCUCUGGUUCUGGUACCGGUAGUGGAGAAGGCUCAGGAUCUGGUUCAGGAUCUGGCAGUGGCAGUGGUACCGGCUCUGGUUCAGGGGCAGGAUCUGGUGAGGGUGCUGGAAGCGGUGCUGGCUCUGGUACCGGUGCUGGAAGUGGUCCUGGCAGUGGCACAGGCUCUGGAUCUGGAUCUGGAUCUAGUUCCGACAGCAGUUCAAACUCCGGAGGAUCAGCCCUAAAUAACGGCACCAUCUCACCACCCAUCACACCAGCGAAUCCAGCUGAGUAUCGUGGCUCCGCAGACAGGAUGUCCAUGGCCUUAUCGGCCAUUUUCGCUGUUGUUGUUGGCUGUUUGGCAUGGACAUUGUGA